AUGGACACCGCGCUGAAGUCCCGCACACCUGCCACAGCCGUGGACCGCACACGGGCCGUGGAGCCGCGCCAGGUGAAGCCCAAGUCCCAGCGCGAGAUCGGUCCUCUCAGCCACGUUUGGGGGGCGUCGACCGCCACGCGAAACUCGCGGUCGCUCCGCACGGGACCGGGGACGUGGGAGUUGGAGAAGGUGGAGAACUCCAGAGGAGACUCGGCAAAAGGGGGCGGCACAGUCGCUGAGAUCCGAAGCAACGACAGUCUGCGGGCGCUAGGUUCUUACAUGGUGGGUCAAAACUUGGAGGACCAGUCCACCAUCAUGUUGCAUGACCUACCCACAGCCACAGCUUGUUUAACUUGGGGGAUCCCAGCACUCGCUAUCCCGGUCCCAGAGGGCUCUGCCCUGCGCUCGCUCAUCGCCGCGCCCAAAAACGCUCCAGAAUUCUUCACAGCUGGGCUUCAGCUUGAGCAGGCUUACUCCCUCCUCCUCGGCCGUGGCGCACCACGGUGGAACACACAGAAGGACCGUCUCACCGUCUCGCCGGCCAUGGGCGACGAGAGGGCCGAUUCCGCCGCGGUGUCUGAUGAGACGGAGGCCCCGGAGCGGGUCAAGACGAUGUCUGAGGCCAAGAGGCGGAAGAAGGGGCAACGGGACUUCGAUUGGUCCAAAGCGACCUUUCAACAUUUCGUGCUCAAGAUGGCCUACGUGGGAACCAACUACCACGGCAACGCCUGGCAAGACCCCAAGAUCUGCCCCACCGUGGAGGCGGCGCUCUUCGAGGCCUUGAUGAAGACUCGGCUGAUCCAGGACCGGACGAGUUGCAACUUCUCGCGCUGCGGACGCACCGACAAGGGCGUGCACGCUGCCGGGAACUACAUUGCUUUGAAGCUUCGAUUGAAGCCUGGAGAUGAGGACUUUGAUUAUCCUGGCAUGCUCAACGCUGUGCUCCCGAUGGAUGUGAGGAUCUUGGCCUGCGCGCGCGCGCCGGAGACGUUUGAUGCACGCUUUUCAUGCCUCUACCGUGCUUACCAGUACUACUUCCCCUACGCUGGCGAAGAUUUAGACCGCAUGCGGCGAGCGGCGGAGCACUUCGUGGGGGAACACGAUUUCCGGAACUUCUGCAAGAUGGACAUCGAGAACGUGUCCAACUAUCGACGCAAGGUCCUCUCCGUGUCCGUCCGGCCCUCUGGAGCGGCUGUAGCCAUGUUUGCUGUCACGGGGAUGGCAUUUCUGUGGCACCAGGUGCGGUGCAUGGCCGCGGUGCUGCUGCUGAUCGGCGCUGGGCUAGAGGAAGUGGAAGUGGUGAAGGAGUUGCUGGAUGUGGAGAAGUGGCCGCGGAAGCCAUUGUACGAGCCGGCAGACGAGUCGGGCUUGGUGCUCCGCGACUGCGGCUUCCCCGACGUGCCCUUUGCGCCCGGCACCUGCGCACCGGCGGCAGGAGAAACCGCCGUGCGCUCUCCGUCCAAGUGUGCCGAAGAGGCCUUUCAAGCCAUGCUGCAGCGCCACCAGCGCAGCUGCGCAGUCUUCACCUGCUUGGCAGAGGCGUGGCCUUUGCCCCUCCUUGGAAGAGAAGCAGCAGGCCAUGCACGACAAGCGCCGUGCCAAGAGCGAGGCAGAGGAGCAGCUCGAGUGAGCCGGAAAAGAGUGGUCCGACGGAGGGAUGGCGUCGCGGAGUUCGCCGAGGCCUUGCGGCAGAUCGCUGACAAGAGAGGAUGUGACAUCGAUGAGAUUCACCAGGCCUUGGCCAUUCACUCAGAUCACCAGGCGCACCGGUUCAUCCGGGAACGAGACAUGAACUCGUAUGCCUCGGCCCACGCGGCGCGCAAGGAGGACCAUGCUGCCAAGCAGCGGCACCUGAGCGUCGAGGGCCUGCGAACGGGCCAGCUCCUGGACGUGUGGAUGGAUUACUCCGAGGGUGACGUUCACAUGGGCCGUCGCACGCUGACGGCCAGCGGAGGAGGAGUCACCAGUGUCCAGAUGAUGCACAUCAUCCAGGAGGCGCAGCUCUUGGGGCCCAAGCUGAGUCGCGCGGAGGCGCAACGCCUCGUUGACCGGGAGCUGGAGCGCUCCGCCGAGCGAGGGAUCCUCGCCUUUGAUCACUUCUCCGAGAUCCUUUUUCAAAUCAGCGAGCAGCUCGAGUGUCACUACAGCGUUGUGGAGGACAAGGUGGUCGCGCUUCGGAGGUCGUGA